AGAGCCCGCACUAUAAAGAGGGACAUCAGCCACACUCCCCAUCUGCCCAUCUAUACUCGUAUCACUAGUAUUACUAUGGAAGCAAUCAAGAGCACCGUCGAGACAUUCCUCACCAACGCAGGCAAGGAGACCCGUGAUGACACAGAAUCAUACAAGUACAGUGCCUCAGAUGCAGCAGCAGAGGCAAAGGAGGAAGUCAAAGAUGCCGCUCAGUCUGCAAAGGAAAAGGCAUCCAACGCCGCUGACAGUGUCAAGCAGUCUGCCAAGGAGACGGCUGAUGCUGCAGAGAGGAAGACCAACGAGGUGUCUGCCAAGGCCAACAACGCCACUACCUCAUCGGCUUCUGCCUCUUCUACAAAGACCACAGGCACAGCCCGUGCCGGUGCAGUGACGGGUGAUGUAACAGUCGACAAGGAGGUUGUUGAGGAGGCGCCUGUCGUGCAUGAGCGUGUGCACAAGACCAUCGUGGAUGAGAACCAAACCAUCAUUGACCGUGAACACGACGUCGACCACUACAAGAAGAAGAUUCAGCCUAUUGCCGUUGAGCAGAACCAGGGCACAGCCCGUCAAGCCGGUAAGGAGACACACGCCGAGCGCAAGGUGGACUUGGAGGAUGAUGCAGCGACCAAGGCAAAGCUUGCCGCUGAAGAUGCGAAGCUCAAGUCAACCAAGGAUGUGGAUGUGAAGCAUGAGCAAGUGCAGAAGAAGGACAUUGUCAACGAGAAGGAGCACCACCACUUGCACGAGCGUGUGCAGCCAGUCAUCGAGAAGGAUGUCUACCAGAAGCAGGUCAACAAGAAUGUCGACCACGUCCACGAGAGUGUGCGUGACAAGGCUGUGGUUGAGGAGACUGAGGUCUUGCCUACCAAGAAGCAGUCUGAGGUCAACAAGUAAUGUCACGUAAAACGCUAGUUAGGUCUAAUUUGAUGUCUAAAAAGGAGAAUUAGUUGUAGUAGCCUGGCAGAAUGUACUCGAGCUUCUUCA